AGAGCCAGCGAAGUGCGGGCGGCGAUGAGAGCCAAAGUUGCGCUCCGUUCGGCGUCGGGGGCUUGAGGCGGCUCGUUGCUCUGCCAGUCUGGGCCCCCUUUAGCCUCAACUCGCACCAGCGGAUCCCGCGCGCUCGCCCGCCCGGCCCGGCGCCCACCUGCGCCCCCUGCCCGCGGCCCGUCGCCCGCGCCUCGCGAGCCGGGGUCCCCGUCACUUUGGCCCGGCCCCGGGCCCCGCCGAUGCCGGCCAUGGUGGAGAAGGGCCCCGAGGUCUCAGGGAAGAGGCGAGGGAGGAACACGGCAUCCGCCGCAGCCUCGGCCGCCGCCGCCUCGGCCGCCUCGGCCGCCGCCUCAGCCGCCGCCUCGGCCGGCACCGCCUCCGCCUCGGCCGCCGCCACCGCCUCGGCCGCCGCCGCCCCCAAUAAUGGCCAGAAUAAAAGUUUGGCGGCGGCGGCUCCCAACGGGAACAGCGGCAGCAACUCUUGGGAGGAAGGCAGCUCGGGCUCGUCCAGCGACGAGGAGCACGGUGGCGGUGGCAUGCGGGUGGGACCCCAGUACCAAGCCGCGGUGCCCGACUUCGACCCUGCCAAACUGGCAAGGCGCAGUCAAGAACGAGACAAUCUUGGCAUGUUGGUCUGGUCACCUAAUCAGAGUCUUUCUGAAGCAAAACUGGACGAGUACAUCGCUAUUGCCAAAGAGAAGCACGGGUACAACAUGGAGCAGGCUCUUGGGAUGCUCUUUUGGCAUAAGCAUAACAUCGAGAAAUCACUGGCCGACUUGCCCAACUUCACCCCCUUUCCCGAUGAGUGGACGGUAGAAGACAAAGUCUUAUUUGAGCAAGCCUUUAGUUUCCAUGGGAAGACUUUUCAUAGAAUCCAGCAAAUGCUUCCCGAUAAAUCCAUAGCCAGCUUGGUGAAGUUUUACUACUCUUGGAAGAAAACCAGAACUAAAACCAGUGUGAUGGACCGUCACGCUCGGAAACAAAAGCGUGAGCGAGAAGAAAGUGAGGACGAACUGGAAGAACCAAACGGCAGUAAUCCCGUCGACAUCGACAUCGACCCAAACAGAGAAAGCAAAAAGGAGGUACCCCCUACUGAGACAGUUCCUCAGGUCAAAAAAGAAAAACAUAGCACACAAGCUAAAAAUAGAGCAAAAAGGAAACCUCCAAAAGGCAUGUUUCUUUCUCAAGAAGAUGUGGAGGCUGUGUCUGCUAAUGCUACUGCUGCGACCACGGUGCUGAGACAGCUGGACAUGGAGCUGGUCUCCAUCAAACGACAGAUUCAGAACAUGAAGCAGACGAACAGCGCUCUUAAAGAAAAGCUCGCUGGUGGGAUAGAGCCUUAUCGACUUCCGGAGGUUAUUCAGAAAUGUAACGCACGCUGGACAACAGAAGAGCAGCUUCUCGCCGUACAAGCCAUUAGGAAAUACGGGCGAGAUUUUCAGGCAAUCUCAGAUGUGAUCGGGAACAAGUCAGUUGUUCAGGUGAAAAACUUUUUUGUGAAUUACCGGCGCCGCUUCAGCAUAGAUGAAGUUUUACAGGAGUGGGAAGCCGAGCAUGGCAAAGAGGAGGCCAACGGGCCCACCAACCAGAAGCCUGCCAAGUCCCCGGAAAGCUCUGUCAAGAUCCAGGAGGAGGAAGAUGAGGCUGCUUCUGUCCUCGACGUAAGAUAUGCAUCUGCCUCAUGAAAACUAUGGGUAGCUUUGAACACUUGGUAUGGACGACAUGUUAUCCAGAUAUCAGGUAUCCCAAGACAUCACCUAGCCAUCUGCAUCACAUCUCUGUGGACAAGCAGCUAUUACCAAAAAAGGCAUACACUUCCGGUCCUCGCUACAUCUGCCUUAAUCCUUUGCUCCUUCCUCCAUGCUGGCACGACUUCCCAGAGAGCUCCGUUGCAUCUCACUCUGCCUAAGGGCUGGGGGACCCACGGCCUGCACACCUCCCUCGAGUCUGGGACCUACCCUCCAGUUGGCUCCCCCUGAGCCCCAACAAUGGCAGCUCUCCCAGGCAACAGCUUCAGAACAGGUAGUCUUGAAAGGCCCAGCUCUGUUCCUGCAUGGCCUGCAGUUUCUACUUUGUGCAUAGUGUAAUUCUCAGAAGGCCCAGUAGGCCUUCUAGAAAGAUUCUCCCCUUCUUUUCUGGGGCAGCCACCUAAAUACAAUCAUGCUUCUUUGGAAAUCACAGCCCAUCAGCAGACCACAUCGUGUAACCUCCAUCACCAAGCUUCUCAUGCAACUCCGGUCCCUAAAGAGAGGGCAGUUAUGGCUAUGGAUCAGGUGGCUUCUCUCCCCUUCUCUCUCCCCUAACUCUUUCCCUCUUCUCCUUUCCAAGUGGUAAAAGCUCACUUGCAGCAACUGUCCUUGGACAUUGUAGCUUAACGGGAGCGUGGACCUCAGCGCUUUCUGCCUUCAGCCUUCAGCAUUGGAGUCCCAGGAAGUGGGUGCGCCCAUCUCUUCUUGAUCCCCAGCCACCACCAUCACCACCCAGCUCUGAGAGAUUUGGUUCAUAUCACUGUACCUGGUGCUUGUACAUUUGGAAUUGGUGCCUUCUCCUUCUGGCAACCAUCCUAUCAGUCCUUUUUCUGUUCAAGUGUCUUAUUCAAAGUUUAUUGCUUGCCAAAGAUGACAUCAUUGAGGUGUAGCAGAUGGGGAGUGUCUGCAGACUUGAGUGCAGACUUUAAUGUCGGGUCAGUUCAGUAAGGAUAAUAGAGAAGCCAAGGAUGCUUUUCUAGAUGCUACACAGCGUUAGCUCUCAUCCUCUUGGUGCCUGGCCAUUUUAUGUCACUCCAUGUGUCCUUUUGUGUCAUUUGUGUACUGGUGUGAUCACACGAGCACUGUCCCCUGUCUUUUAGCAGCAGAUAGGACGGAAAAGUGAUGGGUGUGUCGUUAGUGAGACCGAGAGGAAACAGAACAGCGUACCGAGUGGUGUGUGAUGCCGAGUGUUUGGACUGGGAGCGAGCAGAGAUUGCUCAUGAGUGCUCUCUUACCAGACUGUGGGCCUGCAGGGCUCGAGGAGCAGCCGGCCAGACUGGGCUCGAGCAUCCAUGGCGUCUUGAGACCGCACUAACCAUGUGGAAAUACCUUUUGUUGUUGUUUGCAGCUUUCAAUAUUUUUUCUGCUUUCAGUACCAAAAAGGAAAAAAAAAAGUAGAUGCUUUAAAGUAUUUAAGGUAUGGAUGGAGUUCUUAGGAAUUUAAAAUAUGCAAUUAAAAUUCGGUGUUUUGUCUCCUGAGCACCUCCCCCUCCCCUUUUUUAAAGUUCACUGAUUUUCUCUUUAGAAAGAGAUUCAGCUGAAUAGAAAUCUAGGCUGGGGAUAGGGUGUACAUUCUUCUUGAAGUCUGGAGAAAGGUCAUUCUGAGGUUGAGUGCUGAGGGACUCUGUCCCUCCUCUCACACCAGCCCACUGAUCGGAAGAGCCAGAGAGUCACCGUGCCAGAGGCACAGCCCACAGUCCCCGCAGGGACCAGUAACAGAGGAACACUAGUAACUUUUUUUAUGUUUUUAUCAUAAACCUGCUGUGUAGCUGAAGGGGAAGGAAAACACGGGACGAGGUCAGCCUACGCUGUGUGUAUGACUGUGUGUAUGACUCACAGGGACACUAAGGCACAUACCUGAUAGAACCCUGCUCGCUGAGCAUUUUGCAUGCCCUCCCCUCCAGUGAGCAGAGCUGUGCUCCAGGGUGGCUGCUGCAAUGGCUUCGCUCUCUCCCUGCCGGCAGCUCUGUGCCCAUCUUCCUGCCCAGGCUGUUUUCCUUAAGGUCUGCUCCGCCUCGGCAGUGCGGCUUCGGCAGUGCGGCCUCGGCAGUGCGGGCAUGGUGAUCAUCUGGGAUGGUGAGGCAAGCAGGGUGGCCAUGCCCGGCUCCAGGCACUGGGCUCAUUCUGUCUUUGUCCUGGUUAUGAGCACUGAGUGGCCUCUAGCCGUGCAGAGUCAGGUGUCGCUCGGUAUGGUUAAGACCAGAGUAGCUGACCUUGGCCUUUUCUCCAAGGAACAGAGGCGUGCUGUUUCCACAUGGCGGGGGAGAGCAUGGUCCUUGCCGGGCUGCUGCUGGAGCAGUCUCCAUGUUUUAAAGUUUUCAUGACAUAGUCCGCAGUGAUGUAAGUCCAAGAAACUGCUUAGCUUUCAAAGCCGAGGGCUCUGGUCUGCACUGUGACUGUCAUGUCAGAAGGGAGGUGCAUCCGCAGGUUAGGUUUGGAACGUGAUGCCUGCUUCUGUGGAAUGUCACUUAAGCUUUGCGAUCUUAAAAAGUAUCAAUGGGAAUGUCAUAAUUAUAUAUUUUUGUGGGAAAAUCUUCUAAAUAUAAGUUAUUGUGCAAAAUAUAGUAUCAUGGACACAAAUAAUAGUCUAACUUUAGUUUAGAGAUCCCUAAAGAUAUAAACUGUAUUGCAUAUGCAUUAAAAGUUUGUUUUAUUUAAUUUUAUGUAAACAUGUAAAGUGUUUAGGUAAUUCUUUUCCCUUGUCCAUUUAAACACCCUGUUACUUGAAUAUUGUUGACUGGUCAGCACAGUGAUCAACUCUGUAAUGUAGCUCUUCACCCAGAGGUCCCCAUGCCUCAGUCGUGCGGUCAGAUUAGUGUCACACAGUGGGUGCUGUGUCCCAGGAGCAGAGGCUCACAGCAUACCUGCUGCCUCUUUGUUUAUUUGUCAAAACAGCUUCCUAAGAAGGUUUCCACAGUUUCUGUACGACCCCCCAAUGGCGGUCACAAACCUUAAUCAAAACAACAGAAGUUUGACAAAGCUCAUGGUGGUGGACUAAUGAAGCAGGAGCUCUGUUUAUACAGUUUUCCCAGUGCUGUGUCUGAGUGAGUUCCGUGUCACUUUAAAUUCAGCUCUACCCUGCUUCGUUUUCUGACUAUGAGAUGUACUAUUGGUAAAAUUGCACACCAAAAAUAAGCCAAACAGUGCAUUACAUACACUAACUAACUGGAUCCCUGCUUUCAUGUAAGCAAAGGAAAGACACGUCUCACGUCCGUCCUGUUGUACACCUAGUGACCCAGGAUUCAAGUUUUUAAUAUCAAGUAAGUCUUGCCUCAGACUGACCACAGGCAGUCUGAGGUCACCUGAGUCUAAUGACCGUGUGCAAUGAAUGCCCUUUCCGCCCCUCCCUGGGUCUCAGCUUCUCCUCACUGCAGCGAAGCACAAUUGCAGGAGCGUCUCAGUCCAACAGGAAGGUCAGCAGAGUCUAUGCAUGUUGUAAAGUAAUGAGUGUUUACAGUCUCCUUCUCUAAAACGAACAUUUAUCCUGGAGUGGAUAGCAUUCCAUUAUGUAGACUUAAAACUUUGCUAAGUGCUUUUUAGAUUGCUUAAAAUUUUUUCAAGAUUUUAAAAGAUGUAUAAGGUUAAGUUUGCAAAUAUAACGGAAAUGCUGUAUAUCUUUUGAAGUGAUAAAAUCCAUGUUAAAAUUUUAAAGAAGACAUGUUGUAAUAACGCUGUUGUAAGUAACAUUUCCAUGCCUCUCUUUGCUUGUUUUCGUGCAAGUGUCCAUAGCAUUAUAACUGCUUAGCCAUUGAGUUAUUAUAACAUUUGUUAGUGGAGAUUGGGAAAUCUAUUUGUGAAAUUCUGCAGAAUUCAUUUUUCUAUUUCCAAUAUUUGCUGAAGUUAAAUAAAAAUUUUCAAGCCAUUGAUGUAAUAAAAUAUGAAACAAAACAA